AUUAAAACCACAUGUAUUGAAACAUAACCCUUCUUCAUCACUCUGUCUGUCACUUACCUCAAAACAUUUCAUCUUUCAAACACUCAAAACACAACUCUUCUUCACAGUCCAUCCAAAACCCUAGCAACACAACAUUCAAUCAAACAUCAUCAUGAUCAACUAACUAACCCUCAUCAAACCAUGAAAUCUCAUUUUCACUCACCAAACUCUCCUCUUCAAAUCGAUCUAAACCAUGUCUGAUUCCACCGCAAGAACCGCCGCCACGUCACCAUCCGCCAUGGCGGCAGCCACCGAGCUCGUCGACGAAGACUUGUUUCUCUCCAAAUCCGAACUAUUAGCUCGCGAUGAAGUGCUGAAACGAAGAUCUCGUAGAUUGAAGCAGCUAGCUAGGGUUUAUAAAGAUCAUUACUGGUGUAUGAUGGAGGAACUGAAAUUGAAGUACAGGAAGUAUUAUUGGGAGUAUGGCAAGAGUCCGUACCAGGAGAAUAAUGAAUCGGUUGUUGAAAUUGAAGGUAAGAAUGGUGAUGAUUCGGAGUUAGGGUUAGGGUUAGAGGGUGUUGGUGGUGAGUUGACUCGGUGUGCUGUUCAUGGAUGUAAAACCAAGGCUAUGGCGUUGACUAAGUUUUGUCAUGCUCAUAUAUUGUCUGAUUCUAAACAGAAGCUUUACAUGGGUUGCAGUUAUGUGAUCAAAAGCUCACAAGCCGGACCUAUAAUUUGUGGGAAACCAAUACUUAAAUGCACGGUUCCAUCUCUGUGUACCCCUCAUUUCCAAAAGGCGGAAAAACAUGUUGCAAGGGCUUUAAAAAAAGCAGGUUUAAAUACAUCCUCUACGAGUAAGCUUGCUCCGAAAUUUCAUGUCAUAAUUGCGGAAUAUGUUCGCCAGAUUCAAAGUAAUAGAAGAAUUAUUGAAAAAGAAAUUAAAGAAAAUCUUGAAGUUAAAGAAGAAGAUAUCAGCAUCUGACCUUGUGUAGCUCCGAUUGGAUCUUUGCGUUGCUAGACCCAACUUUGUGCAUUAAAGGGGAAUGUAGAAUCUGAGGACACAAACAAUCAUAUUUCUUUUUAGGAUGAUGCUAUUGCUGCAAACCAGAGCUUCUUGGUGUAAGGUGGUUGUAAGUUGUUUGUUAAAAUAUGUUGAUACAAAAUGUUAUAUUUCUUCUGAAGGUUCAUGCGUCUGUCAAUUCAAUUUUAUCUUAUAGAUUUUAAUCAUGUUUA